UAAUCCUGUUGUAGCUACAACUAGGCUAAUAUAUAACUAGGCUAACUAGUGCUCUAACAACAUUCUAAAAACAUUCAGUGGCUUCCUUUGGAUGACUCAAGUUGUAUAUUUUAUCGUUAUUGUAAUAAAAGUAUGUUUCGAACUCUGGGACCUUAAAGUUAAAGUUACGUCCGACUUACAAUUUAUUUCAGUACAAAUCUCAAAUCCAAGGCCAUUAAUUCGUUAGUAUAGUAUAGUAUAGUAUUAUAGUAUAUUUAUAUAGUAUAUAUAUAUAUAGUAUAGCCAUCCCAUAUACUGGCUCAUACAUACAUUUACAUAGUAUCAAAGCCAUAGGUCCAUAACAAUAAGUAUAAGUCAUAAAAAUAAGUUAUAGUAUAAGUGAUAAAUACAAGUUUUUUUUUGGCUAAACUAAGAGUAAGAGAUAUCAAAACUAAGAGUAAGAGAUAUCACCAUGAAGUCUAUGAAGUCAUUUGCGUGUAUAUUAAAGUUGUUGAACUUGCUGUGAAUGUGAAUUACUUGAAUUAGGGUUCAGGGUUAGGUUUAGGUUUAGGGAUACAUUUUAGGGUUCAGGUUAGGUUUAGGGAUACAUUUUAAUUACUUAGAUUUAGAUUUAGUGACAGAAUUAACUGGUCUUGUCAACCAAGAUGGCGGCCAUGGCCAUGGGCGGUGAUAUCUCUUUGCAUUUACCGACAAAUGUAAAGCUAUUUGGGGGCUAGCAUGCAUAUUAUGUCCAAUUUUUAUAUGUCGAUAAGCAUUUCUCUAUAUUAAAAUCGGUAAAUUCACAUUCUAGCAUUACAUGACAAACGUCUAGAACUGUUUGAAAAAUUUUUAAAUUUGAAAGAAAUUUGAUCAAAAAUGUUUUAAAAUCAUAACAGAACGUGAAAUUCUGUAAAAUUCAACAGAAUAACUUAAAAACAAAUUAAUUUUUUAUUGAUGCCUUCGAGGGCUGCAUAACAAGCCAUAGAAAUAGAAUUCAUAAUAAUAAUAAAAUAAUAAUAAUAACAUGGCCCAUCAAGCCAUCAUUGUGAUUGAUCAUACUUUCAUAAUCAUACAUAACUUGUGGCUUAGGUCAUCUUCCAUCCAUCCCUGUGGUGCUACAGCCCAUGUAGGGCUUUGGCCUGCCUCACCACUUCCUUCCACUCUUAGACAGUUUUUAAAAAAAAAGGAACGAAGUGGUUAUGCGCAGCCGACUGCGUAUAACCCUGAGAGUUAUACGCAGUCGGCAAGUCACGUGACGUCUAUAUUCUUCCUGUUUUACAGUAUCAAUCAAUAAGGGUGCCUCGUUAUUGGGGUGACUGGGUGGUCGAAUGGUACAAACUGACCAAACCUCAAGUUGGUGGUCUUGAGUUCAAUUCCAGCCAACGGCAAGCCAUGAAUACGCGUUAGUUGCUAUGUUUGUUCUCGAGAAUGAAGCAAAAACAACUAGGCUUAUUGUUUUAUUAUUUUUUUGGGCUAAAAAAUGUUAAAACAUGAGAAGAAUUAUUAACUUGACCAAUGUAAUGUUAAUAAUGUUAUACUUAUAAUUAUCAAAUAUAUGUUUGUGUUGUUAACUAAUUUUGUGGCAGAUAAAAUCAUGUUUCUCUGGUACAGUAAUAAAUAUAAUCAUGGGUUGAGAGUAGCAGGAAAAAAAUUGCUGUAGGGGCAGGGGUUCUGUAGAGGGGGCACUGUAAGUAAUACUUUCACACAGUUAUAGUUUUGCAUGGAAGCUGAAAACUGUUACAUUUAGGUCAUAAAAAAAAAAAAUCAUAAAUGAUAAAAUUUUAAAAAAAAAUAAAUAGAAUGUAUUUCCUGAAUUAGUCAGUAAAACCAACCACAUGGUCAUAGCAACAUAUAAAAACCUAAUCAAUCAAAAUACCUAACUAGACUUAGACAUGGAAAUGCCUUUAAAAAAAUCUAAAACUUAGGCUUAGACUCUAAGAAAUGUAGACUUUGACUUAUACUUAUAAUUAUAAUAUAUAAGAUACAAGCAAUAAUACUAAUAAUAGCACUAAUACUAAUACUAUUGCUAUCAUCAAUUUCAAUAUUAAUUAAAAUUAAUUCAAUUAAAAUUUUACGUUAAAAACAUAAAAAGUUCUAGUUCAAAACAACCCGUCAUGCGGCUAAUUACGCAUAAUACUUUUUUUUAAAAUUGCCAAACAAUCGAUUGAUAAACCUUAUUUGGCUAAAUUUCUAGCCGACUGCGUAUAACCCUGAGAGUUAUACGCAGUCGGCUGUGAAUAACCCUCAGUGUUAUGCGCGGGUUAUGCGCAGUCGACUGCGUAUAACGCUUCCCAAAAAGGAAAGAGUGAGAAUCUCUCUAUCUUAUUUCCACAUUGGAAUCAUAUAAAUAUAAUAGGCCUAAAGAAUAUACACUUUCACUUAUUAGGGAACCCUUACAAUUUUGGCUACUUUGAGCAAGAAACCAUAAUUACAAAUCUGUUAAUGUAAUAAUCUUAGCAAAAACUGCAUUUUCAGUAAGAUUCUUUUAAUUUCUAUUAAAUAUAUUUAAUACCACUAACUAUGACUAGUUUUUUUAGUAAUUAUCUCUAUUACUGGUAGUUUACUUAAAGCUUAAACAAAUUAACAAAGUAUGCAUGAAACUAGACUGUGAAAUGUUUUUUGUUAAUUCUUUAUUUAUGUUCACAAGACUAUUGUAUUUGCUACAGGUUUAAAAUAUAUUUUAGUUCAAGGGAUAUGUAAAGAGUUAUCAUGCUUGAAGUUAUAGCCAGCCUGCCUAGAGGUCCUGUUUUCCUGGCUGGAGAAACUCUAUGCUGUGAUGUAACUUUCACUAAUACAGCUAAUGAGAACCAGUAAGCAAUGAUUGUCUUCCUGCCUCAUUUCUACCAAGUUAAUUCUCUAUGUCUUUAAAAGUCUGUAACUCCAUAAUAUAUGUUUAUUUGCUCCUUUUAUUAUAAGAAAUCCAGGUUUUUUUAGGUUCCUUGUAGUAUUAAAUAGUUGAUAUAUGUGGAAGUUUUUUUUUGUUUGUUUUUUUUUUAUUGAUAUUUUAAAAAAACAUAGUUUAAAUAGAUUAAAUUUUCGUCAUGAACCGAGUUACAGAGACUGUGGCCAGACAAGAGAGACAGUAUUGCACUUACUAGCCAAGUGCCCAACACUUUCGAGAAGCAGCAGGCAUGUGCUUGCCAGGCCAUAAAAGACCUUAGCUCUACCCCAAAAAGAGAAUGUACAUAUUGCUAUCAUAAUAUAACUUUUCCCCUCCUUUUCAAAAUGUUUAGGUCAGGAGAUGAAAUUUUGGCUUGGUCAAGUGUCCAAAUAAUCUGUCAGUGCACUGUCAGUGAAUCUCGUGUCUUACUACCACGGAAAAAUGUUUUGUCAACAGAGGAAGCCUCAACAACUGGAUGUGAAACAUCCUUUGUUCCCAACAAAGGUAAACUUUCCAUUCAUCACUUUCUAACUUCUGUAUUGGUUUUAUCAUAUUUUAGUGUUAAUUGUGUUAAUUUUUUAAUCCAUUAUUCAUUUCAGCAGCACAGAUUGAUCAUUCAACUUAACUUUAAAUUUUAAAGUAUAAAAGAUAUCUGCAUAAAUGGUUCAUAACCAUGGUUCACCUAAAAACUAUGGAGAAUAUUACAAGACAUUUGUUUUUCCUAACUACUUGCUACAGACCAAUUUUAAAAUAACAAAAACUCAAAAGACUUUUAAAACUAAAAAUAAUAUGUGCAAUGUAAUCAAAACAAUUUAACAAUUAUUUGGAUCAAUAAAAGCUCCUUAUCUGAUCUUAUCCUGUCUUAAACACAUGCAAGAAAGGACGUACAAAUUAUCGGCAGAAUUAAAAAAAAAUAGAAAAAAUAUGACAAGAAGAUUAUAAACGUCAUUUAUACGUUAUUUAUUAUAAACGCCUGUCAUAAGAGUUGUUCUUAAUAACCCAGUAAUUAAUAUUAUCUAGUCAUGUAUUGUAAUACCUGAAUCCAACCCUUCUAUUGAGAGUCCAUGCACAGGCUGUUCAACAGGAAGCUAAUGAAUAAAGCUUUACUUAUAUUAUGCUUAUUGUAUUUGUGCAUUGCUCAACUAAAGAGUUACUAAUAUUAAAAGCUAGGUAUUUGGUAUAACAUUUGGCAACAUAUGCAUUGCUAUAAAUGUAUAUUUGUUCAUUUGAUCUUCAUGAUUGAUGUGUAUAUAAAGUAUAAAGUAAAGAAAUUUUAAUUCUUUUUUAACAAAUUUUCAAGACAGAUAUUCCCAUGUACCUGUGUUUUAAUUAGGUUAUGUAAAAAAAGUUAGAAUAUAUUAUAUUUAUAUGUAGCAGUAAUAUUUCAUUGACAUCAAGCAAAUAUGAUCACGUCACUCCACUACUCCAAUCACUUCAUUUGCUCCAUUUACAAGCUCUCUGUUCUCUGCCACAACUUUUUCUCGGAUUGCUGCUCUUCCUAUCUAACCGAACUUAUUUCUAUUCACCCCUUUGACAGCUUCGCUCCUCCGCAGACACGCAUAAUUCUUUCUGUUCCCAAGACGUACACUAAAACAUACGGCGAACGAUCUUUUUCUUUCUGCGUCCCCAAACUAUGGCCUUCUCUCCCAAUACACAUCCGCAAUAUACCGACCAUCCAGUUCCAGGCCUUCAAAACUGCACUCAAGACACAUCUCUUCAAACUCUACUAUCACGACUAAUUCCCACCCCCCUCUGACCGAUAAACGAUGCUGCUGGGUGCCAUCCAUAGCUUAACAUGUAAAUAGUUCUGGGGUGGGCGGGGUGAAUAUUUUUUUUAAAAUGAUUUUUUAUUACAAAAUUUAUGUAACUUUUUGAAUGUCAUGCUUAUAUUUGCUAAUAUUUUUAUGUGCAGGCGGUGAGCCCAGCCCUAGGCUGGGGUACCGCGUUAUGUAAGACCACUGUAAUAAUAAUAAUAAUUUUCUUUAUCAUUCAGUUAUUCCCUAAAAGAAUGCCUGCUCUCUUUGAGAGUGAGACACAAUUUAAUUAUAUUUAAGUUAAAACUUAUUCAAAACACCCUUAUGCACAGACUUAAAGGGCUAUUUAAAUGAAAAUCUUUUUAUCAUUGAACUGUACAACUUCUGACUGUUUAGUGUAGACAUAGAUUUUCAAUACCUGAGUUUUCACUUUGCUUUUUAACCCCAAAAAAUCUAAUUAAAAUGUAUAAUUCUUGUUUGAAACAUACUGUCUUUUUCCCUUGGUGUUCAAUUGAUCAUCAACAAGACAAAGGACUGGGUACAAAAGUUAAGAAUGCUCUUUUUUGAGUACACUAGUUGUUUUUGGAUAGUUUUAAAAGAAUGUUGUGUCUUAGUAUAUAUAUUUGAUUUACCUAGCUAAAUGUUAGCAUGUUCUGUUUACUCACUGUAGGUACACUAAUUUUUAACGGAGAAGGUUUGUCAAAAUGAAAUUGAGUUUUUCAUUUUUUUAAACUUCAUAAAUUAUCUACUUUCCUGUAACCUGCUCUUUAUUUUUUAUUUUUUUUUGGUGUUUUCAUUUCUAUUGGUUUUCCAAUUUUAUUUCAAAUCCCUUUUAUGUGGAGCAUUGUUUGUCAUAACUUGGAUCACACAUUACUGGAAAGUGUUAGUCUUGAUUUAUUGAAUGUUACAACUACAAGGUGUUUGCAAAAAAACAAGUCAAUUGUCAAAAUGGAGCUAUGAUUAAUAUGCUCAAUAGGGGAGUGUUGUUUUAUUUAUGUCAACAUUAUAGGUAAAUGUAUAAAUAUAAGUAGAAUUUAGAUUGGGAGUUCCCACCUUUUUGAUUUUCCAUUAAACUUUUUAAAAUGAACCUAUCAAUGAGUUGUUAUUAAGAAGAUACUAGAAAGAAUUCUUUGUAAAAAUAAACAUCUCAACAUCCUCGUGUAUUACACACAAUAGUUGGGAACUUAUUUAAAAAGAUUAAGUUUAAAAUGUUUUCUGUAAUAUAAUAUCUUAUAUGGAAACAUAGCUAUUUCAUACCAUUCUAUUAUUUUCAAACCAUCAGUUCCUUCUGUUUAUAAUAACCGAUGUCCUCUAUACAGUUUUAAAAAUGCCAAAUAUUGAAAUAUUAUCAACCAAAAUUACUUCAGUAGCCCAAGAAUCUCCUAAAUUUCAUUGUCCCUAAAAAUGUAACUUAAAAGGGUAAGUCGAAAUUUGAAAUUUAUUUAUUUGACUUUUUGCUUGGAGCAGUUUGCCAUUAAAAAGGUGUUGGACUGUGAUGCAACUUUAAAAAAAAAUUAAAAUACUCCAGCAAGAGCAGGCUGAAUUAUAUAGAAGAAAAAUAAAAGAAAUGAAUGUUACACAAAUCUUCUCACUUCUCUACUCUUAGAUUUUUGUGUCAUUAAAACAUUUUGUGGUAAAGUUGUUACUAUUUCUUUUUUACUGUGGACAUACCAAUCUACCAUUCAAUCUUAAGAAAUAUUAGAAAUGAUGUAGUUAGCAUAUUAAUGUCAUGUUAAUGUCAAAUAAAAACAAGUUGUGUUAUGUGUAAUUAAGUAAAGAUCUAUGUAUUACAGGGGAGAGAGGUUUGACAGUACUUUGCACUAAACCUAAAAUUCUCUUCUGUGACUUAAAACUGUCACCUGGCAUGUCCAGAUCUUGUAAGUAUUUGAUUAAAUGGGAAACAGAAAGGCUAAAUUUUAUACAUUUAUUUGAAUCCAGCUUUCUCCCUAAUAAUGAAAUUAUUUGCAAAGAGACUAUCGAAUUAAAUUUUUCAUUGCCGAAUUUGGCUGUUUUUGAUCUUUUGCAUUGAUUUAUAUUUGAUUUUCCAGAUCAGUUUGAAGAAGCUAUUCCAACUGAUGCACCCCCAUCUUUUAGAGGACAGGCUGUCAAAUAUUCCUACAAAGUUAUUGUUGGUACUCAAAGGUUAGAAAAAAGUACAAAGAUGGUGCGUGUACCUUUUAGAGUUCUAGUCUUAUAUGGUAGGUAAUAAGUUUUCUUUAUGUUAAAAAUUAUACACAGAACUAUAUAUAAUCAUAAAUAAGUUAUUCUUUACUUGACUUUUAUUUUAGUUAUUUUGCUCAUAAUGUUAAUCAUACUGUAAUGUUAAAGUAACUAAUAUGCACAUUUAAAAAUUAUAUUGCUUUACAUAUGCUAAAAAAAAUAAGUUUAUGCCACAUUACUCACUUCAUGAAUCUCCCUCUUUUACAUUUCUCCUCACAGGUUUAAAUGACAUAAGUGUUUACAAUGAAACAGAAGAAAUUUCUCCCAGUAACCCUUUUUUGCAUAACCAUCGAAAAGAAAAUUCUGUGUUAGACGUUGCUUUGCAAGUCAUAUCAACAGUCACUGCCAGGAAAGCACCUCGUAAGAGUCGCUGCUAUAGAUUUUCAAAAUUUGAUUUAAAAAAUACAUUUUGAAUGUUUGAUUGUUUAUUAAUAUAUCAUUCAAAAUAUUCACAAUUAUGUCUUCUCAUCACAAAGUUUAAAAAUAUCUUACCCAAUGUAAGAAUGUAAAAUAAUUUUAGAUAAGCCUAAAUGACAAACGUAUCAAAUCCAAACAUAUAUUGUGCUAUAAGUAAAGUAUAAACAUGUAUCCCUUAAAUAAAAAAAAAAAAUCAUGAACAAAUUUCAAUUUUUUUUUAAAUAAUAAAAAAGUGUAAAAGCAAAACUCAAAAAAAGUCCAACCCUGAUACAGGCGGUCCUCAAUUUACGGUGGGUUUCCGUUUUUUACACUCUAACAUGAUACUCUUCCUUGAUCCACCAGCACCACUAUUAGAAGAAACACGAUUUUGAAGCCUUUAUUAAAAUUCCAAUUGACAUUGUAAUAACACGAACAACCUUGGGCUAUGUAUCACAAUGAAGUCUGGAUGCUAAGUGACGGUCAUUUGGGAUGCUUGACAUUGUGUGCAGUUCCACGAGCUAACAUACUAGCUUCCAUGAUGAAAUAGUACUUACUUGUGGUGCGCUGAAAAAAAUAAUACAUUUAAUUAAUAAAUUAAUCUUCUUUUCCUUUUUUGUGCCUGGGACCGCAGUAACAUCAAAACCAUCUAAAAUGAGGACCUUCUGCAUUUGUUUCGAGUCAUCUAAAUUUUUUAGAAUACUGGUUAAUAUUUUAAUAACCUUGGAUAUAUAAAUUUAAAAUACGUGGAUUAAAUUAUUUGUCUUUAUUUUUCCAGAUUCCUAUAACAUAACCAAUUCAAGAGGCCGGGUGGCGAAAUUUUUACUCUUCAAACAGGCCUACAAAUUAGGAGAAGACAUUGUUGGCAUGUUUGAUUUUAGUGUUGGAACUGUAACCUGUGUUCAAGUAAGUGUAAUUUAUAGAUAAUUGUAAUUGUUUUUAAGUAUUAACAUUCUUUUUAAAAAUGGUUGUCUCCUUAACAAUGCGUCUUAAUUUGAUAUGUGAAAUCUUGGCAAAUGUAAUUAACAGUAAUAAAAUUCUUCUAUUCUUCAGUACUCUGUAACUUUACAAAGUGAAGAACAGAUCUCAGAGGAAUGUAGGCGUAAGCCCAGCCAAGGCACUGCAGUCACAUCCUACGUUAAGCAUCAAGAGAUGUGCCUCCACACUAUCAGAACUCAUAUGAACAUCCCAAUACCCCUAACUGCCACUCCUGGCUUUAUCACUGACAUAGGUUUGUUUUUAUUUUUUGGGGGCGCAUUGACAUUUUAUCCGUUAAAUCAAGACUUUAAAAUAAAUCCCUAGAAAUUGAAAAAUAUGAGUAAAAAUAACUAUUGAUAGGUGCAUGAUGAAAUAUUGAUUAAAUUAAAUAUCUUGGAAGGUAAGACAUCAUAAUUGAAUUUGAUUAAAAAAUACAAUUCAUUUUAAUAAGUAGGAAUUUUUAAAAGAUAUUUUAAAGAAGCCAAUACAUUUUCUGCAGGCUUCAUCUCUGAAACUUAAUUUAACCUCAUUUAUUUACUUUUUUAUUAACUUUAGUUUGCCAAAGAUGGCGACUACACUUUGAAUUUGUCACCUCAUUGGAUGAUAUUAGUGGACCUGAGUCCUUGCCUUCAGAUGGUGAAGAGAGACAAUGGCAGGGCCCAUCUACUUUAAAUGUAGAGACCAUGGUUUGGGACUUGCCGGUUAAAGUUUUCCCAACCAAUCCUAUUCAUGCAUCUAGUGUCACAUUGAUGAAAACAUCGGCGUCUAUUCAUAUGGACAAUUGAAUAUUUUACCUGAUAACAUCUCAGCCUUCUUAAAAGCUCGAAGAAUUAUUAGUAUUUAGAUACAAGAGUCUGCAUUAUUUCUUUUGAAAGCUGUUAUUGAUUACUGAUAUGUUAUCUUUAUUUUUAUUUUCUGUAUUUUUAGUUGAAUAUAAAAAUCUUGUUUAAAAGGUCUCCAUAAAAUGCUCAUAACUUAUAUAUAUGAUGUUAUCUUUAAACGUAUUCUUGUACAUAAAUUAAAGGUAUAGGGUAUUAACAUGAUUACAUGCAGAUCAAUAAAAUUUAAAUUUAUAUAAAUAUAAGCCUGUCUUUGUAUCAUUCAUAAAACUUAAUGCAUUGCUUGUAAAUAUAU